UCAAUUUAUCGGGUGUACCCCAUAAGCAUAAAUACGACAAUUACCAUCCUCGAAACCCUAAUCUACUCAAGAGUGCAGGACCUAGAGUUUUGGCAAAUUCACCUCUAACCAUGGCGGAUGUCGAGACCGAUGUUGCUGCUCCAGGCAUGCCGAAGAAGAGAACGUUCAAGAAGUUCAGUUUCAGAGGAGUAGAUUUGGAUGCUCUCUUGGACAUGUCCACUGAUGAGCUAGUCAAGCUAUUUCCCGCUCGUGCUCGCAGAAGGUUUCAGCGAGGUUUGAAGAGGAAGCCAAUGGCACUCAUCAAAAAGCUUCGCAAGGCGAAAAGGGAGGCUCCACCUGGUGAGAAACCUGAGCCUGUUAGGACUCAUCUCCGCAACAUGAUCAUAGUACCUGAAAUGAUUGGUAGCAUUAUUGGGGUUUACAAUGGCAAGACUUUUAAUCAAGUUGAAAUCAAGCCUGAAAUGAUAAGCCAUUAUUUAGCCGAGUUCUCAAUCUCUUACAAGCCUGUGAAGCAUGGAAGACCUGGUAUUGGUGCUACCCACUCAUCCAGGUUUAUUCCUCUUAAAUGAAGAUUUUGCAUAUGCCAUGAACUGCUUAUCUAAGGGGGAGUUCUCUAUCAUCUCGAUCCUUAAAUUGGCUUUGGUUUUAACAGUGUUACCUCAUGUUGAGCGAAAAGGCUGGCAAGCUAACUAAUGUUUAUUUGAAUUUUUCUUUGGGUUAAUGAAUUAGAAAUAUUGUCUUGCUGUCUAUUUUGAGAAAGAAACGCACCACUUACCUUUUCCGAGAGACGGGCAUAAAUCAGCUGUGCUUAUCGAUCAAAUGUCCAUUAUCUAGUGAAACAGAAUCAGUUCGAUCAUGAUUGAAUAUAAAUUGUCAGCCCAGUUUGUCAAA